CACCUCCAUAAGAGAAGCUUCGUACUCUCCCACCCACCUUCUUUAAAAACCCUGCAUAACCCCUUCUCCCUCUCCCUGUCUCUCUCAUGGGGUCUUCUCAUUUUCUCUUUCUCUCUUUCUCCUUUCUUUCUUCUUUCCUUUUCAUCACCAGCUCUCUCUCCACCUCUCCUCCUCUCAUCUUCCCUCUCACCCACACUCUCUCCAAAACCCAACUCACCAAAACCCACCACCUCCUCAAAUCAAUCUCCACACGCCCCAAAAACCAUCGCCACCGUCCAUCUGUAUCACUCCCUCUCUCCCCAGGCAGCGACUACACCCUAUCCAUCUCCCUAGGCCCCACCCCAUCUCAACCGAUCACCCUCUACUUGGACACCGGCAGCGACCUCGUCUGGUUCCCCUGCGCCCCCUUUGAAUGCAUUCUCUGCGAGAACAAGCCCGGAUCCUCCGUUCCUCCUCCAAAAAUCGCUUCCGCCGCAUUCGUUCCCUGCAAUUCCGCCGCAUGCUCUGCAGCCCACUCGUCCCUCACUUCCUCCCACCUCUGCGCCAUUGCCGGAUGCCCGCUCGAGACAAUCGAGACCGCAGACUGCUCUCCGUACCGCUGCCCGCCAGUCUACUACGCCUACGGCGACGGCAGCCUCAUCGCCCGACUCCGCCGCGACCGUCUCUCAAUCCCCACAUCGAAUUCCUCUGCUUUUCCAACCCUCCAACUUCCCAAUUUCACAUUUGGGUGCGCCCACGUCUCCCUCGGUGAGCCGAUAGGAGUCGCUGGGUUCGGCCGCGGGCCACUCUCCCUCCCAGCCCAGCUCUCCGUUCUCUCCCCCGACCUCGGCAGCCGCUUCUCCUACUGCCUCAUCUCCCACUCCUUCGACGCCGAUCGCCUCCGUCGCCCAAGCCCGCUAAUUCUCGGCCGUUCGUUAUCCAUAUCGGAGGGAGAUGUGCAGGUAGAAUUCAUCUACACGCCAAUGCUCGAGAAUCCAAAGCACCCGUAUUUCUACUGCGUCGGACUGAAGGCGGUCACCGUCGGGAAGUAUCGGAUUCCGGCGACGUCGGAUUUAAUGCAGGUCGACGGGGAAGGGAAUGGCGGUAUGGUGAUCGACUCCGGCACGACGUUCACGAUGCUGCCGGAGAGGAUGUACGGGAUGGUUAUGAAGAAGUUUGACCUUGGGAUUGGAGGAAAUUACAAGAGAGCCACUGAAGUGGAAGAAGAGAUGGGGAUGGGAUUAUGUUAUUACUAUGAAGGGAAGGAGAAUGUGAAAGUUCCGAAGAUUGUUUUACAUUUUGUGGGGAAUGGAAGCGUUGUUCUGCCAAGGAAGAAUUACUUUCUUGGGUUCGAGAGGGAAAAGAGGAAAGUGGGGUGUGUGAUGUUGAUGAACGGUGGGGAUUUGAUGGAGUCGGGUGGUGGGCCAGCCGCGACGUUGGGGAACUUCCAGCAGCAGGGGUUUGAAGUGGUGUACGAUCUGGAACAACGGCGGGUCGGGUUCGCUAGGCGGCAGUGCGCCUCGUUGUGGGAGAGCCUGACUCGUGGCUAACAUGCGCGGGGAUGGUUCGUACACGAGUUGUUGCACGUGAGGGGUGGGGUUUGACAUUGGACGUCACGUGGGUUGACUUUGGUUUUACCUGGCCGGAGCUGGGAUGCGGGACAGCACGUGCGGUGGAGUACGUGGGGACUGAGAUGGACUUUUUGCAAAUAAGUAGGGGUAGAAUCGGAAGGAAGAAAUGCACGUGCGACUGUGAAAAUGGCAUGUUUACAACGCCUUAUGUAUGUUUUGGGUUUUGCUUUUUGUACAUGAAACGCCGGUUACUGUUUAUCGUCCACAAGUAAAUAAUAUCAGGUUAUUGAA